CCAACCCCCCCAUGAGUAUAUUUUUUUAAUACUUUGUGAGGAAAAACUGUCAACCAUAUCCAAAGUGCAGGACCAAAGAGAACUAAAUAAUGUAUGCUUUUGUUAGGUUCUUUGAAGACGAUAUGUGCUACGCGUUUCCCGUUUCUACCAUCGAAGAUUUCAGACCUCUGCACAGAACAGAUUUUGAUAAUCAGAAGGUGUAUCUGGUUCACAGAACUGAGGAGAAUGGCUGCGCAGGCCAGCCGUGCGAAGCACAGAUCCUUGCCCUUGCAGAUACAGUAGAGGAAUUUGAAGACUGUAUAGCCCAAAAGAAGAUGAAAAUUCCCAAGAUGUCCAUCAGGAAUUCUGGGAAGUCUAUCGUGAAUAAUUUUGGUGAAGAGAGAUUACCACUGAGGCAUAAAAAGGCCCUUUCUCACAACCAUGGAAAACCCCUCUCUAGCUCCUCUAAGAGCCUCGCAGCAGUAGUGGCUCGCCUGGAGAGAAAUGCAGCCAACUCCUAUAUGGAAGGUGAAGAGGACUUGGAUGAGGACCGGUUGGCUGAGGAGGGAGAGGAUGCAGAUGACGAAGAGGAGGAAAUGGAGGCAGAGCAUCGGCAUCAUCACCAUCAGCAGCAGCAGCAUCUGGAGGUGGACGCGCAUUGUGUGUCCGAGGUGGUGGCGGCCGUUGUUCCGAGGGUUUUGUAUGAGGAGCUGGUUCACAGCUACAGGCAACAGGAGGAGGAGAUGAGGAGACUGCAGCAGGAGUUGGAGAGAACCCGCAGACAGCUGGUGCAGCAGGCCAAGAAGCUAAAGGAAUACGGCAGCUUGCUGACAGAAGUCAAAGAACUGAGGGACUUCAACAGGAGGCUGCAGGAUGUACUCCUCAUGAGACUGGGCAGUGAGCCUAUGCACAACAAUGGCACUCAGACAAUCAAGGCUGAAGUGGUGGAACCUAUAGUUGAGGCCCAGGAGACAUGCAGAGAAGAAGCAAACACAAGUUCAAGCUAUUCGCCCUCGCCCAGAACAGUGUACACCUGUAACGAUGGGAAGGUACAUCUUGGUGGUGGGAUCUGGGUGGAGGAAGAGAAAUGGCAUCAGCUUCAGCGGACCCAGGGAGACUCCAAGUUCACAAAGAACCUCGCUGUGAUGAUUUGGGGCACUGAAACUCUUAAAAACCGUAGUGUCACAGGUGUUGCCACUAAAAAGAAGAAGGACGCCCUGCCCAAACCUCCACUGUCGCCCAGCAAGCUGAAAAUUGUCAGAGAGUGUCUCUAUGACCGAGUGUCUCAAGAAACCGCCGACAGCGCUGAGAUCACGCAGAGAUUGUCCAAAGUGAACAAAUAUAUCUGUGAAAAGAUAAUGGACAUCAACAAGUCCAUCAAGAACGAGGAGCGACGGGAGUCCAAGCUGCUAAUCAGACAGACUGUCAAGAUGGAGAACUUCACCUAUGAUGGCAUAUAGUGAACAACUGUCACGUCAGCGCCUUCUGCCCCUCGUUGUCUGCAGGAUCUUUAGGGGACCUGGUAUGGGUGGGUUGGGGAAUGCUGUCACUGUUCGAGAAGUGGUCAUAUUUCUUUUCCACAGGUCCCAUCCUCGCUCCCUAUAGAGCAAGCAUCACAUUCAUCAUUUCUUUCAGUGGCUGCCAGACGGCUUUACCCACCUGCACACGAAAUAGUUUGAUAUGAGCUGGAGUGAGUGUUUUUAUAAGCUUUACUGAUGCAUUGGUACAGAAGUUUGUGCAUAUGUGUCAAAAAGACAGAUAAGAUGUGAUUGUUAAUUUAUUGUUCUGUGUCAGAACAUCGUUUUGAGUCCUGGAACUUUUAAAAAGUAAGAGGUUAUUUCUGUAGGUAGAGUCUUCUGAUGCUGUAUAAUUGACGAUGCUAGCUAACGGGUCUUAGACUGUUAGGGAUUUGAGUGUUGGUACUAAAUACAUAGGAUGGGACGUCAGGGUCUCCAAUGCACAAGUCUUAAUUAGUAACAGCCAUAUGACGGUUUGCUCCAAGAGAUUAACUUUGAAUGUGUGCUGUCUCAACUCCUUUACGACAUCCGCUCAUAAGAAGAGUGCUUACAGAGGGUUGUUGGAAAGAAUGACUCCAAAUUAUGAGUCAGUAAUGCUAUAUUUGAUUUGUUUUAUUUUUUUACCAUUCAUGUUAUUAACAUCUUCCAUUAAUGUAUGAGCUCUAGAAAGGAUUUAUAUUUUCCAGAGAUGCACCGAUCACUUUUCUCGGCCAAUACCAAUUUUAGAUUAUCUGUUUUCGUAAGCACCAUAACUCAUAAAAGACCUAACAUUGAGCUGCAGUUUUGUUUGAUAGAGAUCAUUGUUUUGAAUCCAAAAUGAAGAAACCAAAAUAUUUCGCCCGUUUAAUCUUUAAAGCAAAUGUCCCUAGUCUAUAUCUGAUUUUUAAUAAACUCAGUGUACAUGCUGUUGGGCUGGAGUUCUUAGUUUUGGUGCAUUUAAUGAGCAGGCAAAAACAUUUUUCUUUUGACCUGGGGGUUAAAUCAAAUUACCCCAGGUCAAACUGGUGCAUCUCUUAAUAUUUUUCUUUCAGUCAUUUGAAUAGACUGUGGAGUUGUUAUGGUACAGGCAUGUUGAUGACUUGAAAAGCCUUAAAUGGAUUUGGCAAUCUCCUGGGACUUAUAUCUCCAUGGGUUUUUUUUAUUUUUAUUCUAGUAAGCUGUGAUUGUAAAUGUUUUAAGCUGAAGUGAUGAAGCUUCACCUGCACUUUGCUGUGAGAAUGUAAGAGGUGGCCAGGUACAAUUUUUAUGUGUGGUUUGCACCAUCCGAUAGAGGUGAACAGGACUAGCUGCCAGGUGAAAUAUCCGAGCACAGCUCUGCACAACCCAGGUCAUCUUGUUGUGACAGCAAUGUUAGCUGUGGGUAAAGCUGUCUGCUGCACUACUUUUCUUCUUUUUUUUUUCUAAGGUUGUCUGUCCCUGCUGAAUCCCAUCCUAACUCUCUCUUCUGUUUAGUCACACCACUGGGGAAAAUAGUAAGGUUGCUCCAGUGACAAUUUCCUUCAAGCCAUGCCAUCAAAAGUUUUAAAACGUUCUUUAGUUGUGUAUGUUUUUUUUUUUAAUAUAUAUAGGAUUUUUCUCUCCUGUUAUAUUGUUUUGAUCUGAAACGGUUUGCGUGGCUGUCUGCAGGCUGGAACUAAACACUGCAGAUUGAAAUCUCAACUGUGACCUAGCUGUGGCUAACUGUGAAUCUGCUGCAGAGCUGCCCAUCAAACCUUUCUCCUCUUCAUAUUUGUAAUUCCUGGAUGUCUCUCAGUUUAUUUUUCUCCAUCAAAUUUUUCUGUUUGUUUGUCUUGGUUUGUGUCAUAUCAGCACUUCAUAUCAGCCUUUCGUUAAGCUACUUUAUGUUCCAAAAUAGUAUAGAAACAAAUGCAUAUGUUUGUCACCAAAGUUGACAUAAAUUGAUUAGUCGUUUUACAGCUUCAAGGUUCUGGUCAUGUUUGAUGCAGUGUUGUCCGUAUUAUGUCAGUUCCUUGUAUUACCAAUUUUUUUCCUAUUUUUGUUUUAUAUAUGAACAGUUGGCUUUAAGCUAGAUGCGGUCUUCAAAUGUUGAUCAGUAAACAAAUCCACCUCACUCUUAGCCAAAGUUAUCCCAGAGGAACAAAAGAGGGAGAGGGAGAGAAAGAGUUUCCUUACUAACUCAGUCUGUAUAUUGCAAUCACAACCUCACUUUAAAUCAACAAGAAUCUAUAUUCUUGAACCGUUGGGCUCUCAUAUAAUUAGAUGCAGCGAUGAUCAACUCAUAUCUUUUACAUUGAAUGCACUUUAAAUUUGACAAUUGCUUCAGUUUCAAACAGUUAUUUGCCAUAAUAGUUCUUAUAGAUUAGGGCCUGGUUACCAUUUUAUUCUCAUGAAGCACCUUAUGACAUUUUGGUUUAUAUAUAUUUCAUUUUUAUUAUUAGAACAAUAUUGACCUUUUGGAAUGCCUCUGGCAAACUAAUGUCCCAUAAUAAGCUUGGUAAGUGUUAAUAUUUAACUGUAAGAUUUAGGUCUGGAGAUAUUUAAAAGGCGACAUUAAAACUGGAAUCCACCACUCCAUCAUCUCUUCCUGGACAUUUAUCCGCUACACGGAAAGCGACAAACAAUUCACAUUAAAACGGAAACGACCAGUUUAAAGACUUUACCUUUGAAAUGUUUAAGAUGACUGGAGAUUUUGCUUUAGAUGAACAAAACUACAUGCUGUUCACAUGUAUAAAUAUGACUUGUAUAGAAUUCAAAUGGAGUAUUUUUUACAAAUGAGUUGUAACUGUGAGGACUGAAUAAUGAAGCUGAAAAAUGUUAGAUGCAGACUGAGGAAUCAGCUGGGUUUGCACAAAAAAAAUGGCCAAUGCAAAGGUACUGGAGCUUAGUGAAUAACAAAGGUCACAAUGGUGACUAUUGUCUUUUUUGUAAACCAGAGUACCCUUUUUUCGUUUUGUUGAUUCUCUGUACAAACUAAGAUAAGGUCCACAUGUUGGAACCGUGUAUUGAAAAUACUUGCAAUUUAAAAGGAAAAAAAAAAGCUUUCUGCUGUGCAGGCCACCUUACUGAAAUUCAGAUGCGUUGUUGUGUACUGUGUUUGUGUUUCUUUGUUGUUCAAUGCCAAAAGAGGGUGUGGUUGUAACAAUGGCUAAAGAGAACAUUUAUAGAGCUAUUACAUCAUCGUUUUGAAAGGCUGGAUUCCUGGAGCGAGAUUAAAACCUAUAAUCCCUUAACUAAAACCAUCUUCAGUGGAUGAAAGCUGUGCCAUCACAGAUUUAGCCUAAUCUGCGACGACACGGCCAAUCUUUCAAGAGAGUGGCAGAAGUUUUGAAGGCCUAUUCGUAACGUACAUAUUGGAAUAGUGAGUCGUGGAUAUUUUGGGCUAAUUUGACUCUGGAACACAACACCAUAGCAGUAGUUUUAGAAAGGAAACCUGCUAGAUACGAUCCUCUUGUGCCACUUCUUGUACCUUACUCACCUGCUUUAUGGAUUACGCUGUGAAUACCUGUUAAAGCUUCACAAGACAAUGGAGCUUUGUUUUACUUUUUCAUACUUACACUGAGGAUAGAGUGAUCCAGUUUUUAAGCUUCACUCAAGAUGGAUAUCUAGCAGUUUGCAGAGCCAUACUGUUAAUGAGACACGUUACUGUUUGAGCCUCAGAUACAUAAAAAAACAAAGAUAUACAUUGUUAGGCAUAUAUUUUUCUUAAAAGUAUCAGUAACUUUGUAUACAAUCCACAAACCGUCUCUACUUCAUCCAACUUCACCGUCCUACCUCAUUGUUACUCUGGUGUUUGUCAGUAAAUGUAAACUAUAUGUGUGUGUAUAUUAAAAAAUCUAUAGGAAAAGGUAUAGCUGGUUGCUCUCAACAUGUACAGCAUAUAAAACACCUCAAUACACAAAUAUCAUUCUUAAGUAAAAUUCGUUUUCUUAUCUGCUUAAAGAUGCUGCUGUAAAGGGGGUUUCUGUGUGAGGGGGUUGUCUGAAUAUAUAUAUAUAUAUAUAUAUAAAUAUAUAUAUAUAUGGAUCUAUAUCUUUGCUCUUUGCUAUGUUGUGCAGUUGAUUGAUGACUAUGUUUUGUCUCUGUAUUGCAAUCUGAGAUUUUUACUGGUUGACGGUGCUACCAGCAAACAGUUUGAGAAAAGCAAAAAGAACAACAACAAAAAAACUGAUCUACCGGACCUCAAAAUGGUGCUGUUUUUCUAUGUUUUUAAUCGUCAUACGGCUCUGUGUGUUAUUCAGGUGUGUUAACCGCCGCUAUCCCCUCAACUAAUCAAAUCCUGAAGCCAAAAUGUUUUUUCGCAAGGGUGGUAACCCUGCUGUUACUGUUUUAAAAUAUAUGCUAUCCAUCCAAAUAUUGUAGAUAGUAAUUAUAGUCUCAAUUUCAGAAGUACCUCAGAAGUUAUUUUAAAUGGGUGCAUCCGCUUCUGUCAUUUUCCUUUUGUUGCAGUGUGUUUUCAAGAAUAUCCAUUUUUACUGGUUAGAUCAGGUUAUCAUUAUAGACGUACAUGGAUAAGGAAGCAGUGUGAAUCUGAGUAGCAAAGGCAAAGGCCCUCGGCAGAACCAUAGUCAUUUGGGUCAACCUUGCUUUGUAGAUCAGGGUCCGUUUGUAGUCGGGGAUUAUACCACACUAAUAUAAGCAGAAAUUAGCAAAGUGUUAAAAAAAAAACAACACAGGGCUUUCUCAGACUUGUUUGGUUUACUUUGUCAGUUGGAUCAGUUGAUUUUUAUUCACUGUCUGUGUUUAUCUGUGUAUUUUUUAAAUGCUAACCUUCAGUUUGUCUUCGCAGAAAGUGCAUUACAUCCUCUUAUAUCCUGUCCCCUGAUCCCCACGCUUCAGUAUUUGUUUUCCGCGCCAAAGUGUUUGAGACACUUGAGUGGACGUUUCGUUUCUGUCUUCUUGAACCCAACUUUGUCAGGCUGACGCCUCUCUACUGUGAGUAAUGUGUGUUCUUAGACAGCAGCUGGUUCUCAAGGAGGCACUUUUAAGCCAUUUGGACUGUUUAUAAUGGUUAGCAGUGACCUUUUCUCUGGCCUUGGGGGAGAAUAGAGUCCAGAGAGUUGUUUGUAGUUCCUAUGCAGGUGUAGAAUAACUAACCUGGUGCCACAUCACUGUUUGAUGGAGGGCCAGCCACAGAGAUAAAUAGCAGGAGAGAACUGAAUGUGUCUGCACAGCCUUGAGGUAGAGUCAAAUAGGACAAUGGCGAUAUGACAAAUCCGUACUAAACUAUUAUGACGUUUUAAGCUCUUUUGAUUUGAAUUAAACUGAGCUAUAUUAAACCUAUCUGUAGAAUUUAAUGCUUUGCAGUUAUAGUUGGGGGAAAGACAGGGUUUCUACUUUAUGGAGUAUUUAUUGUUGGUAUAAUAAUGUUGAAAGAUCUCAAUACUAUUGCAGUAAACACUUAUUUUACCCUAUUGUAGCCUCCCAGUGGCAAACCACAUUUUACAGAAAGUCCUAUAGGUAUAAAUGAUAGUGUACAUGUCUUCGCUGAACCGGCCACACCUCUGCUAUGCGACUCUUUGACGCUUAGCAACCUGUUCUGUGUUUUUUCUCUUGCUGCAUUCAGGAACACCUGUUUAAAUGUAUAGAUAAACAGAAAUAAAUCAAGACUUUUAUUCUAUCAGCACAAA